ACCUGGCUGCAGAGACCACACGGCCUUGCUGAGGACGGAGGCUCAGGAGAACCCAGCAGCGCAGGUGGUGGGGCUCCAUCCAGCUAUUUCCAAACUGCCGGUCAUGUGUAUGAGAAAUCAAUUUAGUAGUUUAUGACCUGCAUUUUAAAAAAACAAAAUAGAAUAGAAAAUAUCAGGGUACGUGGCAAGUAGCAGGGGGCUUACUCCCCACCAGUGAUGCCCAGCCCUUGGUAGGGCCCGAACCACCUCCUACAGACAGGAUGGCAGUGGAGAGAGACUGGCUUGGGAGCCCAUGAGGCCUGAGGCCCCUGCAGGCCCAAAGAUGGGGAACACCACUGCAGACAACAACUCACUGAACUGCACCAUUGACCACACCAUCCACCAGACGCUGGCCCCAGUGGUCUACGUCACAGUGCUGGUGGUGGGCUUUCCAGCCAACUGCCUGUCCCUCUACUUUGGCUACCUGCAGAUCAAGGCCCGCAACGAGCUGGGCGUGUACCUGUGCAACCUGACGGUGGCCGACCUCUUCUACAUCUGCUCACUGCCCUUCUGGCUGCAAUAUGUGCUGCAGCAUGACAACUGGUCGCAUGGGGACCUGUCCUGCCAGGUGUGCGGCAUCCUCCUCUACGAGAACAUCUACAUCAGCGUGGGCUUCCUCUGCUGCAUCUCCAUCGACCGCUACCUGGCCGUGGCCCACCCCUUCCGCUUCCACCAGUUCCGGACCCUGAAGGCGGCCGUGGGCAUCAGCACGGUCAUCUGGGCUAAGGAGCUGCUGGCCAGCAUCUACUUCCUCAAGCACAAGGAGGUCAUCAAGGACGGGGACCAGCACCGUGUCUGCUUCGAGCACUACCCCAUCCAGCCGUGGGAGCGCAGCAUCAACUACUACCGCUUCCUGGUGGGCUUCCUCUUCCCCAUCUGCCUGCUGCUGGCCUCCUACCAGGGCAUCCUGCGGGCCGUGCGUCGGAGCCAUGGCACCCAGAAGAGCCGCAAGGACCAGAUCCACCGGCUGGUGCUCAGCACCGUGGUCAUCUUCCUGGCCUGCUUCCUGCCCUACCACAUGCUGCUGCUGGUGCGCAGCCUCUGGGAGUCCAGCUGCGACUUCGCCAAGAGCAUCUUCAAUGCCUACCACUUCUCCCUGCUGCUCACUAGCUUCAACUGCGUGGCCGACCCCGUGCUGUACUGCUUCGUCAGCGAGACCACCCACAGGGACCUGGCGCGCCUCCGUGGGGCCUGCCUGGCCUUCCUCACCUGCUCUAGGACCGGCCGGGCCCGGGAAGCCUAUCCACUGGGCGCACCUGAGGCCUCGGGCAAGAGUGGGGCCCAGGGCGAUGAGCCCGAGCUGUUAACUAAGCUCCACACGGCCUUCCAGCCCCCUAGCUCACCUGCAGGAGGAGUGUCCCUCACAGGUGGCUCAGCCUAGCCUGGGUCCCUCACUGCGGGGCCAGGGGAGGACUGAGC